GUAAUUUGGGCAUCCUGAGGGGAUUUGAUUUUUGGGCUUCCUGAGCGAGUCUUGGGUGGGAUUUUUUUGGGGGAAAUUUAAGGAAUUUGGGGAUGGUUGAGAGGAGCUUUAAACUCUCCAACCCACCCAGAACACCCCUCCCCUGUCAUUUUGCCUUCCAGGACCCUCCCCCUAUCCCCAAAAUUUGCCCCCCUCCAUGGGGCUCCCCUUCCUCAUCCUCACCCUGGUGGUGCUGGGGCUGGGGGAGGGGCACCAGGACCCUCCCCCAGCCUCGGGCCACCCCCACCCCCACCUCUAUGGACCCCCCAAAACUCGCCAGGAUACCGCCCAGGUGUGGCUGCAGACGCUGGGUGCGGCUCUGGGGGUGUCCCUGGCCCCACACCUGGUGCUGUUCCUGCUCCCUGCGGAUUCGGGGUCCCCCCGGCGCCGGGGGCUCCUGCGGCUCCUGCUGAGCUUCGCCGCGGGGGGAUUGCUGGGGGACGCCUUCCUGCACCUCAUCCCCCACGCCCUGGCCCCCCACGAGCACCACGAGGGUCACGGCCACUCCCACCACGGGCACGCCUCCCAUGAGCACCACGAGGGUCACGGCCACUCCCACGCCCCCCAUGAGCACCACGGCCACUCCCACCACGGACACGCCCCCCACGAGCACCACGAGGGUCACGGCCACUCCCACCAUGGACACGGUCAGGCUCUGUCCGUGGGGCUCUGGGUCCUGGCAGGAAUUGUGACGUUCCUGGCCGUGGAGCUGGGGGUCAGGCACUGCGGGGGACACGGACACGGGCACGGGCACGGCUCCAAGGCCAAGCACAGCUCCAGCGAGGACGAGGCCGACGGUGACACCCGGGGGACAAAGAGGGGGACAGGGGCCACCAGGGCCACCAAGGCCACCAAGGCCACCAGGGGCCAGCACAGCAAGAGCCCCGAUGGGGACAGAGCCGGCAUGGCGGUAUCGGGCUACCUGAACCUGGCGGCUGACGCUGCUCACAACUUCACGGACGGGCUGGCGCUGGGAGCUGCGUUUUGGGGGAGCCCCGCCCGGGGCACGCUGACGGCGCUGUCGGUGCUGCUGCACGAGCUGCCCCACGAGCUGGGGGACAUGGCCCUGCUGCUGCGCGCCGGCUGCUCCAAAGGACAGGUGACAAAAAAAAAAAAAAAAAAAAAAAAUCCGGAAUUUGGGAGGAAAAAUUUCCAAAAAAAAAAAAAAAGGGAAAAAUUGAAGUGUUGGAGGACCAGCCAUAGAGUUGGGCGUUGGGAGGGCCAGAGCGCCCCCUCCCAAGAGGUGGGCGGUGCAGCCGCGGUCUCGGUGGUAACUUCCGGUGCCGCCAUGUUGGGAGGGAAGGGGAAUGGUCGGGUGAGGUCAGGCCCCUUCCCAGUGCUCCCAGUUCCCCCCAGUUCCCUAUUUAUCUUCAUUAUCUCCUUCCCGGUUCAUUCCAGUUCCCCUUUUACCCCCAUUACCGCAUUCCCAGUCCCUGUUAGUACAUCCCAGUUCUUUUACUGCCAUUACCCCACUCCCAGUUCAUGCCAGUUCACUUUUAUCCCCAUGAUCUCACUCCCAGUCUCUCCCAGAGCAAUUUUGAGUGGAUUUUGGGGGGAAUUUCAGGAGAAAUUUCAAGGGAAUUCCUGGCUGCAUUUUGGGGCAAUUUAAUGGAAUUUUGGCCUGGAUUUUGAGGCAAUUUCACAGGAUUUCUGGGUGGAUUUCAUGGCAAUUCCCUGGGAUUUCAGGGUAAUCUCACUACACUUUGAGCCGGAUUUUUUCCCCAG